AUGGCUCCCAAGAAGAAGGCUGCCGCUCCGGCGGAGGAGGCGAAGACCCUGGGUCCUCUGGUCCGUGACGGCGAGAACGUCUUCGGCGUGGCCCACAUCUUCGCGUCGUUCAACGACACGUUCGUGCACGUCACGGAUCUGUCGGGCAAGGAAACCAUGGUCCGCGUCACGGGCGGCAUGAAGGUCAAGGCCGACCGCGACGAGUCUUCGCCCUACGCCGCCAUGCUUGCCGCGCAGGACGUCGCCGCGCGCUGCAAGGAGCUGGGCAUCACCGCGCUGCACAUCAAGCUCCGCGCGACGGGCGGCAACCGCACCAAGACGCCUGGUCCUGGGGCGCAGGCGGCCCUGCGCGCCCUCGCGCGUGCCGGCAUGAAGAUCGGCCGCAUCGAGGACGUCACGCCCAUCCCGACGGACUCCACCCGCCGCAAGGGCGGUCGCCGCGGUCGCCGUCUGUAG